CAACAGAACAAUGACAACUGCAGCUAGGCCGACAUUUGAGCCAGCGCGUGGCGGGAAGGGGAAGGGAGAGGGGGGAGAUCUGAGUGCGCUGUCGAAACAGUACUCCAGCAGAGAUCUCCCCGGACACACCAGGAUGAAAUACAGACAAGAAGGCCAGGGCACUACUGAUGAGGUUCGUGGCCGUGACUUCAGACGCGAGUUAGAGGACAGGGAACGGGCAAACAGAGAAAAGAGGGACAGAAACAGGGACUCAGGCAGCAGUAAGAGGCCGCGUCUCGAGCAGAUUCCUGCAGCCAACCUGGACGCUGAUGACCCGCUAGAUGAAGAUGAGGAGGAGGAUAGUUCUGAUGAUGAGGACGACACUGCUGAGCUGUUGGCUGAACUCAACAAGAUCAAGAAAGAGCGGACCAGGGAAAAGGCGAGAAUGGAUGCGGAGAAGAAGGUUGAAGAUGAGCGAAUUCGCUCUGAGAUCAUUCUGAAGGGCAAUCCCCUCCUGAACCAGGACAAAACUCAGGUUGACUUCAAGGUCAAACGCAGAUGGGAUGAUGAUGUCGUGUUCAAGAACUGCGCUAAGGGCGAGGAGAAGAAGUCCCUCUUCAUUAAUGACACUUUGAGAUCUGAGUUUCACAAAAAGUUCAUGGAGAAAUAUGUGAAAUAAGUCCACCUACACAUGUUCAUCACGCUUUGAGACCCAAGUUUAGUGAAGACAAUGGGAAACUAUGUAAAAUAAGGCAAAAUGAGGGUCUGAGUAUGUGUAUUGACAAAUUUAUCACAUGACCUUUCUUCAUUUGAAUGUUAGGCAACUGCUUAGUAAUUCUUACAUUACACAUUGAGUGUACUACAACUUGGUAGUAAUUUUAUUUCGCCUUACUAAUUUAGCAUAAUCAUUUAAUGCAAUAAUGAAUAAAAAAAUUGUUUUUGAUGAGGAAUGUGUCAGGCGUUAAAAUUGAUGAAGUUUGUGAUGGAAAAUUUAUAAAGCUUCCCAAAGCCUCACUUAAUUACUCUUCCUAGACUUGUACUAAAUGGCAAUGCAAUAAGUAAGACCCUAUAUAUGUAUGUUAUGAUAGUACAGAAAACGCAUUGACACGCUCUUCGGCCAAUAUGAAUUAAAUGCUAGAUUUUCAUACAUAUCUUUUUUAAAUGGGGUUGAGAAGUAGCUUUUUAUUUUUUCUUAAAUGUCUGUUUUACCAUUGAAUAUGUUCAUGCUCUUGUUUAUUGCAUAAGGGACCAUAUACAUGCGUUUCUAGACAAACUACAAACACCAUCUUAUGACUUGUACUUGUUUAAAUGUGAAUGUUUACAUCGACACCAGCUGGUAUGAAUAAAUGCAGUUAACGGAUAGUACCGGACAGAUACGCAAAUACAGGAACCAGUUCAACAUUUUUAUUUGAGGAAAUAAAAUUCAAGUGGUGGCGGAAAAAUAGGAGGCGGGCGGGGCGAAAAUCUAGCAAUUAAUUUAUUGUUGCCUUGUUAUGAUAUAUCAUACUUGCAAGUUUUGAUUAAGAUUAACUAUGGUUAGGUUAUACACAAAACUGCAUAUUUUGCCAUAAUUGAUAAAGGCCAACAACUCUCAUGUCAACUAAUGCCUUUUUUCCGCAGUAGGAAUUAUAUUUGAGUUACUUAACGGAAGUGAAUUCAAUUGUUACACUAUGUCUACUGUUAAUUUUAUCAUCUAUAUAAAUUUAUGUUUGUCAUCAAAUGCAUUAUGUCUUUCCUUUCACGAAACUAUGUUCUGCACAUACAAUCUGUUUGUGGCCCACAUAGUUCAUUGUAUAGUCAGUCAUAUGAUAUAUUUGUUUGUUAUACUUGACAAUUAGCACCAGAAAUUGACCCUUAAAAUGAGAGCUUUAAAUUUUGUAACCCUUCUAACAUUAUGGUUUCAUGCAUUGCAGGCAAAUAAUCAGAGCAUUUUAAAUACAAUGAAAAGAAAAUCACAAAGUUCAACCUCAAAAAUCAACUUUUCAAGUCGACAUCUGAUCAGAGCUGUGCGGUUAGAAUAGUUACAAUGAGUUACAGCAAAAAAAAACAUCUUUGAACCCAAUUAACAAUGGAAUGAUUUCUUAAAGCUAAGUAUAAAUUGGUGUCAAAUGUCACUUAUUAUAACAAAAAGAGUUGUCCAAUGAGUUUGGGAAGUCGGUAUAUGUUCACUUUUUAGCUUGACUAUUCGAAGAAUAAGGAGGGCUAUACUACUCUCCCCAGCAUCGUCGUCUGGUUAAAGUUUUAGGGCAAGUUGGGAUUUUCACUUAUAAGUCCAAUACCCUUCCUUCAAUUGACUUAAUACUUCACACAGUUGUUCAGGACCAUCACACAAUGAGGUUACAUAACUCCAUAUUAUCCUUUAUACAUGUUGUGGCCCCUGAUUGACUUAGGUUCAAGUUUUAGGCCAAGUUAAAGUUUUAGGGCAAGUUGGGAUGUUCACUUAUAAGUGCAAUACCCUUUAUUCAAUUGACUUAAUACUUCACAAAGUUGUUCAAGGCCAUCACAUUAUGAGGUUAGAUAACUCCAUAUUAUCUUUUAUACAAAUUAUGGCCCCUGAUUAGCUAUUGAACUUGGGUUAAAGUUUUAGGGCAGGUUGGGAUAUUUAUUGAUAACUUCUAUACCAUUCAUUUAAUUGUCUUAAUACUUCGCACAGUUGUUCAGGACCAUUGCACAAUGAGGUUUCAUAACUCCAUGUUAUCCUUAAAACAAGUUAUGGCCCCUGAUUGACUUAGGUUAAAGUUUAAGGGCAGGUUAAAGUUUUAGGGCAAGUUGGGAUUUUAAUAAAAAAAAAUCUUAUAUACCCUUCAUUCAUUGCACUUAAUACUACGCAGAAUUAUUGACGACCAUCUUACAACAAGGAACAUAACUCCAUUUUAACCCUACAUACAAAUUAUCUUUUGAAAGGCACAUUUAUGUAUUCUUAACCACAUUUUCAUAUUGAAUGACUUGCGUCAUUGUUCGGGCGGGCUGGUGGGAGGGCAGCAUCAAAGUCACCAUAUGUAUCGAAUAAUUUUAGCUUUCUAGCUAGGUUUGACAUCAAGAGACCAAACUUGGUAAAUACGAAGAGUUUAUGGAGACCUUUUAUUGGAAUGCGUUUGAGGACCCUAGGAUUAAGGUCAAGGUCACUGUUGCUAAAAAUAGAAAUAUGGUUAGUACUGAAUAACUCCGUAAGGGUUGACACAGUGUGACCAAACUUUGUAUAUAGGACAAGUUUAUGCAGAGCUUUCAUGGAUUGCUUUUUGGCCCCCUAGGGUCAAGGUCACUGUUUCUAAAAAAUAGAUUACUGUUUCAGUAAUGGUUGCCAUACUGUGACUAAACUUGAUAUGUAGGAAGAGUUUAUGGAUGACUUCCAUAGGAUUGUGUUUGUGGCCCUUAGGAUCAAGGUCACUGUUACAAAAAACAGAAGAAAGCAGUUGAAACUGAAUCUCUUCUGCCAAUCAUUAAAAACCUGGUUUUGUCACAUGGCGAUUCUUGUUCACUUUUUAUUUGAUUGUUUUAUUGCUUUUGACAGGCACAUAUUACAUCGUUAUUGUAUUCACUUCUAAGUCAAAGCGGCGUAGUCGAGCGCGCUGUCUUACGACAGCUCUUGUUAAAUUGUAAUAGGUGAACACAACGUUGACAUUUUAAUGUGUUGUAUACUGGUGUUUUCAGUCUGUUUCAUACUACCUUUUUUAUUUUCUCAAAACUGAUGAGAGGAAUAUGAAGAGGGUUUGUGUAUAUAUUGUGAAUAAAUAACAUAA